AUGCCAGGGCCAGGGAGCAAGAAGAAGGCGGUGGUGACGCCAAAGAAGCCUAAAAAGAAGAGGGAGAAGAAGCGAGAAACUGAAAGCCCGUGCGAAGAGCAUCGGAUAGUCACCGUAUCCCUCAAUGAUCACACGUACACUGGGUACGUGAAGACCAACAACAUUGGAAAAAGAUAUUUCGAUGGUGUGUCUGCGAAAUACCAGUGGAAAAAUGGCACUCAAUACGAAGGGCCGUUUGUACAAAGUGACAUUCAGGGCCACGGCAAGUAUAUCUGGCCAGAUGGAUCCUCAUAUCAGGGCAACCUCCUGAAUGGACGGCGGCAUGGCCACGGAGUCUUCCUGGCAGCAGACGGGGUGACCAGAUACGAAGGCCAGUGGUUCAACGGCAAGCGCCAAGGCCAAGGAAAGCUGGUCUACGACAGAACUGGGGAGGCCUUCUAUGAGGGCAACUGGCAGGAUGGCUGCAAGCAUGGCUACGGAAGGCAGAUUUGGCCGAGUAAGAACACCUACGAAGGCCAGUGGGAGCAGGGCCGAAUGCAUGGCCUUGGGACUAUGACCUGGUGUGAUACUGGCUUCUUGGAGCGAUACACUGGCCAAUGGGCAUUUGACAUGCCUGAGGGCCAGGGCAAGUACACCUGGCAUGUGCCGGACGAUGGCCGGGAGGGCCCUGUUGGCAAGGAGAUGCCUUCGCAGCAGUCCAAUAACAGCUUUGAGGGCCUUUGGCAAAAAGGACUGCGGUCGGGCUAUGGAACUUUCAACUUUGCAAGUGGUGCUCAGUAUACAGGCCAGUGGGUGGACAACAUCAAACAUGGCGAUGGAAGAUACACUUACGAAGAUGGCCGUGUAUACACCGGUGAGUUCAUUAUGGACAACAUGGCCGUUUCAGCUGUGUCGAGUGAGACUGCGGUAGAGGUAGCAUCCACACAGGUCCUCAAUGUCGGCGGGGCCGAGAACCCUGUGCGGCGCUGCGUAGACAUUUGCGACCUUACUGGUUUCUGCCUCCCGAAUGACCGUGUGAUUACGGAUCCUACAGAGCUCACCGGCUACACCGCGCCGACCGAGGUUUUCAGGGAGAUUUACAACAUCCUCCUUCGGCACCUCGGGGACCUCAAGAAAGUUUAUGCCAAAGUGCGGAGAAGCAUUCAGAGGUCCGGCGAUGACCCAUGGGUUAUGUAUGCCUUCCAGCUCUGGAUACUUUUUCGGGACUCUGGCAUUCUUUCGCCAGAUUGCCCACUGAGCCGUGUGAACCGGUACAUCAUGUCCGGCGAAAGACGGCAUGGGGAGGCCUUCCACGAGGACAUGCAGGAUCUGCGACCACUUACACCGAG